AACUACUCUGGGGCUCGGGUUGCGCAGUGCGGGGCGCUUCAAAACCCCCCCUCCCCUCCCCCUCUAGACCCUGAUCUUUCUCGCUUCUUUCUCUUUCGUCUGUUCAGGGUUCUCUCGGUGGAAUUUCCGUACUUCGGUUACCUGCUUGUGAGAUAGAGUAUACUAUCUCGGCUUCUCUGUAACACUUCCCUUCCUGUUGCAGCGCGGACGUUGAAGACACUGAGAUCAGUCCGAUUUACCGUUUGUCCAAGAUCGUUACACCUUAUUCUUCGAAGCUGAAACAUGCCGGUCACGCGAGACGGGAAGUUCACCCACGACGCCACGACGGCGCCCAAGUCGGACCGCGUGCUGCCGCUCUUCUCCCUCAAGGGCAGGACGGCCAUCGUGGCGGGUGCCAGCUCCGGCAUCGGGCUCGCCGUGGCUCAGGCGCUCGCUGAAGCCGGCGCCAACGUCGCGAUAUGGUACAACACGCGGAAAGACGAAGCCGAACAGGCGGCCGCCGCGAUCGAGAAGGAGUACGGCGUCAGAUGCCAAGCCUACCAAGUAAACGUCACCUCGUACGACACCGUCUCUUCCGCCGUCGACACCGUGGUGCGCGCCUUCAACGGGCGCCUCGACGUUUUCGUAGCCAACUCGGGCGUGCCCUGGACCAAGGGCGCCAUGCUCGACGGGCCGGUCGACAUGUACGACUCGGUGGUGCGCACGAACCUCGACGGGACCUACUUUUGCGCGCGGGCGGCCGGGCUGCACUUCCGGCGCCAGAAGCAGGAGGGCACCGCCUUCGGCGACGCCGGCGGCAAGCCGCUCGACCCGCCCUUCUCCUCCGGCAGCUUCAUCGCCACGGCCAGCAUGAGCGGGCACAUCGCCAACGUGCCGCAGCUGCAGGCGAGCUACAACGCCAGCAAGGCCGCCGUGGUGCACCUGUGCAAGAGCCUGGCGGUCGAGUGGGUCGGGUUCGCGCGCGCCAACUCGGUCAGUCCCGGGUACAUCAGGACGAGCAUCUCGGACUUUUGCGACGAGACGACCAAGACGGCGUGGAAGGACAAGAUUCCUAUGGGGCGCGAGGGCGAGACCAGCGAGUUGAAGGGUGCGUACCUGUACCUGGCGUCGGAUGCGUCAUCGUAUACCACGGGUGCCGACAUCACCGUUGACGGCGGGUAUUGCGCGCCAUGAUGCGCUCUCCUGCGAGACGAUGUGGUCGACGGCGCCAAGGAGCGGAACGCGGCACGGACAGAAAAACCAGAUCACCAUUGGGGAGUUCUGGGGCAGAGAGGGGGCCAUAUAGACCUUAGAUAGACCAUAGUAUACCCAUAAAAUGAGGGAGCAUGGUAAGGUCCUUGCUGCUACGUAUUCGGUCGUCAUGGAUGAGAUAGCGUGCAAGUUAAUCGCCGCGAGAGACGUCCAUGCAACCUGCUCGCCUCGUACUUGACCCUAACCCUACGCUUACUUCCUACCCGGAAAGGUUGUUUUUUGACGAGUUGGUUAACACGAGGGAAAAGCACAGUAAUCAUCCAUUCGCAGCUCGAAGCUUGAAGUCAACCUGCAUGUUUGGUUUUCAUCUUGA